AUGGAUUGUGGCCACGACCCCGGAUACCGGCUUCCCCGCAGCGCCGGCCUCUCGCUGUGCUUGGGCUGCUUCUUCGAUGCCUUUCAAGCGGGCGCGCAGGGGAGCGCCUCUGUGCACGAGCUGAGUGCCAUCAUCUUUGGGCCCGAAGGCCGCGCACAGUGCCUGGCAAGCCGCCUGCUCUGGCGAACCUCUUUCCUCAAGUGGUCUGCUGAAGCCCUAGCAACUUCGACGGAACCAGCGGCCCCCUUGCAUCUGAUCGACUUCCUUUCGCGGUGUGUGGCCGAGGAAUUCCUGGGUCAAGCCACCAUGGCGUGCGGAGUCGACAGUCGCAAAGCAGCCGUCAGUGGCAUGCUGCUGGAAGCACUGGUCUCGCAUGUCGCCCAGCACUGCACCACGUACACCCUGGAUAUGGGCCCGAAGGCACCAUCUCUGGGCAUCCUCCUCCUCUUCCACCUCUUGGAGCGCAUUCUGGAGGCUUGCGGGGCAGUUCCUGCCGUCCUGGAGUCUCUAUGCAGGAACCUCGAGGCGUCUGGAAGCGUCCUCGCCACCUUGGUAUCUUCACUUGCCUGCGAGACUGUCGAGCCGGAGCACGAAGACGACCGUUUUCGCCACUCGCCUGGUUCUUUGCUUCUGCGCCUCUGCGAGCGCGGCUCCCCUGCGCUGGGCGCGGCCCUGACAUCGGCUGCCGCGCGUCUCUCUCGCACCCUGGCGGCCGCGACGCCGGGCAGCCAAACGGCAACGACGCUUUUGGCCAUGUACAGGAUGUGUGCCUUGCACUCCGAGCUCUUCGAGUGCCUGCUGUCCGGGGACGUGACGGCACAUGCAGAGUCGAUCGCCGUGGGGCUGAGCCGGCACCUGACAUGCCAGGAGCCCGCUCUCCGCGCCGCGGCUGCUGAGCUCGCCGAGGACUUUGGGGCGCACUUCGCAGGGCACGAGGACGAUGAGAGGGUGGAAGGCUGGAUGCGCAAGGCUCAUCUCGCUCAGUGGCUCAUCGAAGCUUGUCAAUCUGGCGAGGACUUGGCCACACGCGCUGCGGCGGCAAGGGCCAUGGGACGAUUCGCCGACGACCCGGUGCUUCUGCACGGCCUGCAGACCUCAGCGGCAGAUUCGCUUGUGUGCGCUUGCGCCGAUGCGGUGCGUCUGCCGGGAGCUGCAGCCGCCCGUCGGGGACUUCUCCUUUCUGCCACGGGCAGCUUGGCGCGGCUGGCGCCAGGCGCAGGCGCCUACAACCCGGAGGUCCUGGUGCCUUUGCUGCGAGCUGCAGAGCAGCUUCCGCUGAGACCGGGUCAAGGCUCCGUGACUUUGGAGGAGUGCAUGGAGCCGGUGUAUCUUUCUGCGGCCAACCGGUGCCCGGAGCUCUCGUCCUCGGAGUGCCUCGGGAGCCUCUUGGGCCUCGCUGCGGCUUUGGCCCUGCGGAAGGAAGUUGGUUCCCGGCCAGUGAUGUACGGAGCUCUUUGCAAGCUCUUUGUGGGCGUUGCCGAUGCUGCUUGGGCAUCGAUCCAAAGCCGGCUUGCAAGUGCAGAUGAGGCAUGGCCUUGUGCUGACCCAUGCCUGAGUGACGUUGACGUAAUGGUCCGCUGCGCAGAGAAGAUUGGCUCAGUUGCACCGAGUGAUCAGAGCCUGCCGAAGAGCCACCUUGUCGCCUCCCUCGCCGCCCUCCUUUGGCCACUGCUCGAGCUGGACACCAGCAGCUGGAGCGAGGACCAGGCCAUGUCUCUGCGGGGAUGUUUGGUGAAGCUUAGACACUUGGUUCCCGAGCUGUGCACUGAGGACGACUGUGAAAUGCUGUCCGAAGAUCUUCCUCAAGCGGAAGGAUCAGCCAUGUCCGACACGUCUCUCGCAGCAGGUCGGCUCCUCACUGUGCUCUUGGCUCCCUACCUUUCACUGGGUACGACUUCCCUACAGCUCUUGGUGAAGCCAAGAGACCUUUGCCUCGCUUCCGCUUCCCUCAGCAGCGGCCAGCGACCGGAUACCUUCAUGACCUGGCUCGUCUUGGGCGCCGCCCUCCGUGCCAGCGGCCCCAAGGGGGCUGAGCUGGAGGAGGUCGCCUUGGAGAGCUUGAUGGAGGCUGCACUGCCGCUGCUGCCUCUUCGCACGGUGGCAUCGCUUGCUGCAGCAGUUGGCCGUGCCGUCACACGCGCCGCAGCCCUGCCCGAGCGAGCCGCUUUUGCCACAGAAGCGCUGGGGCAGGCUUCCAGGGCACUUCGGGGGGCAGCGGCGCAGAGCAUGGCGUACACUGGUGCUGACGAGGAGUGGCGGCUGCUGAAACAGGACGGAGCUGCAGAACUUGGCUCGGCAUUGGGUUGGCUGCUGGUGACGGUGGAGGAUGCAGAGGAUGCCAAGGAUGUUCUGCUCAGCGCAGUGGUGUUGGAAUACUUGGAGGGCUGCCGGCUUGCUGGCCAGGUCCCCGAAAACGCGCCGACCACCGAGAUCGUGUGCGAGCCAGGGGACUGGACCUGGUUGAGCCAAUGCCUGCCAUCUCCGACGUGGAUGGCACAGCGAGUGGAGGUCUUGCUGGGGCACGCCCUUCAGGUGCACAUUGACGGCCUUACAAUGCACAGCCGGGCGGCUGCUGGCGGGAUGCUAGCACUAAUGACCACCUGCUUAGCAGAAUCCAAAGCAGCAGGUGCUAUGGUCAGCAACCAUGUCGUUGCUGGCAUCGCAAUGAAGUGGCAGCAAUCCGCCAUGUCGGAAGCCUCUCUGGAUGCAGGUGAAGUGCGCCUUGUGGAAUGCAUCGCCCUCUUCCUGCUUCAACAGCUGGCUUCUGCACCCUCUGGGGCCCUGCAGCGAAGUCCGCUGCUGGCCAUUGUCUUGGAGACCCUGCAAUGCAAGCAAAAGAUCGCUGUUCUAGCGACCGAGGUGGCGGCAGUGGCCCUCUUCCGUGCCUGGGACGUAGCUCAGCUCCGUGACCUCACGGCGCCAAGCCAUGCAUUGGGCAAGCGGCUGAUGGAGCAAGGGCUCGUGGCCCAGGCCGGUUGCCCCUCUCACGACGGCUUGACCGGCUGGGCCAUCAUCAGUGCUUGGCUGCUGCUGCUGGGCGCCGAGGGCCCCACAAGCGCUCCGCGGCCUGGUCCGAACCUGAAACCGCGCAGCUUUCAGGACUGGGCGCAAGCUCUCGACGGCCAUCAUUCAGUGGUGGCUUUCCAGUUGCUGGCACUAUCGACGGCUUGCCUUCGAGGAGCUCGCGCAGCGCAACUUCUGAUCCAGGUCGACGAUCUUCAAGACCUGCCCAUGUUGGUACGCGCCUGUGCAGACCUCAUCGGCGCGAGCGCAGACGGCGAUCCUCAUGGCUGGGCCACAGCAGUGUCGGAGUCGGCUUUGUUGGCGAUGGUAGGGCUGCUAACCCUGGAGUUGCUCCCGCCGCUAGCACGGUCUGAGGCGCUGCAUGCCGAGCGCGUGGAGGCAAGCCUCCGCCUCGGCCUGUCGCGCCUCUUCGCCGAUGCCUCGACCGGAGGAUUGGAUGAUGCCACUGUGGCGGAGGACGACAAGGCCAAGUGCCAGGGCGAAGCUGGGCCCAGGUGGCUCUCCAGCCCAGCGCUUCUCUUCUUUCUGCUGCUGCUCCGAUCUUCGCCAGGAUGGCUCUUCGCUGGGGAGGGCCACCUGCUGCUGAAGCUUGAGUCCUCCCUGGCAGACCACGUUCGCUCCUCCGCGGGUGAGGGUGCCAGGACCUUGCUCUUGCUCCGGCUGGCGGAAGAACUCCUCUUCCUCGAGGCAUCCUCCGCCUGCCACCAGGCAGUGCUUCGGCAGCUGGUUGCGAACCAGAAGACUUGGGACCAGGCCGUCCUCGAUGUCCGAGCGAUCUCCUGCCAGGAAGGAAGUGGAGGCAACGGCGGAGCGGGUGACGAUGAAGAAGUCGCGAAUUCUGACGACAUCUCCGAUGAGGACAUGGAUCUUCUGUCGUUGGGCCAGCAGGCGACGAAGCUGCGGCUGGAGAAAGGACACUCGCUACCACCUUCCUCUUCAAACCUCGGCUGCCUCCGACACCUGCAUCAUGCCUCGGUGACACGGCUGUGUGGGUCCCUGGCGCAGAUCACAGGAGUGCGGCGAUGA